UGUCAUGAGUAAGCGUCUGUGUGUACAGUGUACACAGAACUGCAGCUACAAGUACAGCAGCAGCAGCAGCAGCAAUGUGGGCUCUGGUGCAGGAGAGUGCAGGAGGACAGCGUUAUCACUUUCUCACCGAAGCUAGCUACGUCGUGGGGCGCAAGAACUGUACAAUUUUGGUUGAAGAUGAUCAGUCUAUUAGCAGAAUCCAUGCCACGUUUACGGUCAGCCACUCUCUCUCCAACCUGGGGCGAGCGGACGUGAUUCCUGUUCUAACUAUUAAAGACUCCUCAAAAUAUGGCACUUUUAUUAAUGAAGAGAAGAUGGAGAAUGCCGUUCCGAGGACCCUGACAUCUGGGGACAAAGUCACAUUUGGUGUCUACAAUAGCAAGUAUAGAGUAACGUAUGAGCCUUUAGUUGCCUGUUCAUCUUGCCUGAAUGCCUCGGAGAAGAAUGCUGUGUCCCAGGCUGUGCUAGUACUAGGGGGGCAUGUUGUAAAUAACUGGACAGAUAAAUGUACUCAUCUGGUUAUGACCUCUCUUAAAGUAACUAUUAAGACAAUAUGUGCAUUAAUUUGCUGCAGAUCUAUUAUAAAACCGGAGUACUUUAGUGAGAUGAUUAAAUCUAUCCAGCAGAAGAAACCAUUACCUGCACUUAUAAGCUUCCUGCCGAUAAUUGAUGAGCCUUCCCUACAGUCCGAGUCUUUGGAUCUUACAGAAAAUGAGAAAAGAAAAACUAUCUUCAAAGACAAAACCUUCCUGUUUCUGGCAGCAAAGCAGCACAAGAAGCUGAGUCCAGCAAUUCAUUUUGGACAUGGCAAAGCCAAGUUAUUGGCCGGAGAAUUAGAUGACCAGUCACUACUGAAAGAUCCCAAUACCUGUGUUAUUGAUGUGGGAAUGACAGAGUCACAGCUAUCGGAAUUCCAGAGUAUCCCGACCUGGAUCACUUCUACUAUGAACAUUCUGAAAAGUAACAGCCUGAGAACUAUUCCCGAAGCUGAAAUUGGUUUAGCCGUUAUCUACAUGUCAACAGAAAUAUACUGCAAUCCGCUGCAACGCCCGGCGAAUAGGAACGCUGCUGAGACGUCAACCAGACAUAAUAUUAUUGACUCCUCAAAUUCUCUCAGCAUGGCUGUUGAUGAGACUGUUUUACCUGCGCCCACAUUUAAUACCACGGCUUAUGUAGCAAAUACUGAGCCACAGGACCCAACGGAUAACUGUAUCAAUAUAAGUGGCAUUCGUGAAGUUAAAGAGACACCCGGGAGUCAUCGUAGAAGCAAUAAACCCAGUAUGUUGGUGGAACAAGACGUGGAAGCAGGUGUCAGUGGUGACUGUAGGACUGCCUUGUUCCUGGAACACCCAACCCCAGCGGAAGAGAGAACUCGUCACAGCUCCCAAACAGCGAUGUCUGCCUCACACAAAGAGAGAGUCUCACAGAAAGUGCUACCAUCUAAUAAAAUACAGAAUUAUUUCCAGCCUGUGGCCAAGAAACGGGACCGAGAUGAAGAUGAACGUGAAACAUCUUCUACAAAGUUGGCCAGAGUGGAGAGCAGGACGUCCCUGUGUUCAAAACCUGCAGAUGAUGCAGAGAGACGCUUAUCCGGUGCCUUGGAUGCUGAUCUGGAUAUAGAGCCAGUAGUCCUAUCCGGCGAGAAACCUGGAAUCUCAAAUAGUCAGCCUAAGGGUGACACAAAGGCCCCUGAUAGUAGUUUGGCAAAAGAGGCCUCUGUGAAGAAGAGGAAGGAACCUGAUGAUGUGGUAGAGGAGUCCGAUUUAGAAAAUGAAGCAGAAAGUGGCGAUGAAGUGUCACAAAACAACCCAAAAAGCAAUGCAAAAAAGGCAAAAAGACCACGUUUGGUGUCUGAGGACGACUUUGGAGACCCCGCCAUAGAUUCACAGGACAGAGGGGACAGAACAGCACCGCGUCCACAGAGCGCUCAGACAGUAAAGCCUGAGUCUGAUAUGGAACAAGAACCAGAGCCUCAAUACGAAUGUACCAAGAUGACUGUCAAACCAAAAGACGAAGAUGAUGAUGGACAUCCGAGCAAAGUAUUGAUGUUAGAGUUUCGAUCAUUAGUUGUUAAUCGACCGGCUAGAAACAGUCAGCUCAUUGCCAACUCUACCGGUGGAAAUGGACCUAAUUUUAAGAAGUUCAGAAAGAUAGCGUAUCCAGGAGCGGGAAGCUUCCCCCACAUCAUUGGAGGCUCUGACUUGAUUGCUCAUGAUAAGAAGAAAAAUUCUGAGUUAGAGCAGUGGUUGCGGCAGGAGAUGGAGGAGCAAACGCAGCAAGCUAGAGAACAGUCACUGGCGGAGGAUCUGUUCAGAUAUAAUCCCAAAACGGUGAAAAAAAGACGAUAAAAAGAAGAUUGCACAAAUGAAGCCGAUAGAAAAUAAUGGCAAUAAAACUACAUGUUUAAAAAUGUA